GGUGCGAAGCGAGCGGGUCCAGUGUUCUUUUGUUCGGACGAGUGUUCCGUCCUCCGGCCUCGUCUUUAGAGCCUCCUGUCUGCCGUCUCCUCGCCCCUUUUGUCCCGUCAAGACUGUUUCGUACGACUACCCAUUCCCCCCACAUCGACCUCAUCUACCCCUUCCCCCCCCACCACUCUCUUGAUUCAUUCCAUACUCCAAGACUUACCUCACUGUCACUUCAGCCGAACGCCCUUCCACCACUCAAGCUCAACCCCCUCGUUUGAUACGAGGUCUCACAGCUCAGCUACCCACUACUCACUCUACACAUCUACCUCUUCUGCUUCAGAGCACCUACUCCUCAACAGCCAUGCGGUCUUCCAUCACCAUCGCAGCCCUUGCUGCCCUUGUCACACUUGCAGCAUCCGCCAACGCAAGUCUUCACAAGCCCAACAACCACAUCGCAAUCCGCUCUGCCCUGGAGAAGGGCGCCAACUCUGCUUCUUUCCUCAACAAUGCUGCAGAUGCCUCCGACGAGGUCGACGAGCUCCAGGACGAAGCAGACGCUCUUCUCAAGCGUGAGGACUUCUACGACGAUGAUGGCAAGGUCAUUCAAAUCUUCGAUGACGGAGGCGACCCUGCCGGUGAAGACGAGCUAGCCGCCACUCUGGUCAGGCGACGAAGCGCUGCUGCCUCUUGUGGCACCAGCACCAAGAAGUCAAAGAAGACUACCAAGACCAAGUCCCAUUCCAAUGCAAAGAAGGCUGCCUCCACGUCGACCAAUUCCUCCCAGGGCGAGCUCAUGUCCAGCGAGAUCAUGGUCACCUGGUACGCAAGCCAAGACCUCUUGAACCCCGCUUGCGGCACCGGCAGUUGGGACCCGACCAGCAAUGCCCACAUCGGCGCCAUCGCCACUGGAUGGAAGGAUGGCCCAGCCUGUGGCGAGUUCAUCGACCUCUGCAACGAAGACGUCAAGCCUCACAAGUGCGUCACUGUGCGCAGGGUAGACGACUGUGCGGGCUGCAACGACAACCACGUCGACUUGACCAAGGCUGCCUUCAAGGCCCUUAGUCCCUCCGGAGGCCUCGAUGAAGGCGUUGUCAAGAAUCUGAAGAUGUACAAGAGCAAGAAGGCCAACCCUUGGAACCUGAGCCUAUUCGGUCCCAUCAAGCUCAGCGUCUGGUGAACGAGGGUGAAGCGCCCCCUGUACAAUACACUGGAUUUUCAGGGACCUCUACCCACGACGUUUUUGAUCGUCACGUCAAGCAUCUCGUCAGGUCAAGCAUCUCCUCACGACAGAUGACGGCUGGCCCGCGACUGUUCCCUCACUCGCGGCACCUCGUCAUCAUUCUCAUUCACGACCCAUGACCCCUUACGACACGUCCCCUUUUGCUUUCCCUGC